AUGCUCCCCUAAAAUAACCAAAUUGAUAUCGCUUAGAUAUUAAAAGAUUUUUAUAUUCCUGAAAACUCUCUCGCUACUAAUCGGAUACACACAAACAAUCUAUUUCAAACUGGAUUGACUCAGUAAUAGCAGUAAAUUAUAUCAUUGCUUAACUGCUAGCAGUAAUCAUAGUAGUUAUAGAGUCCUUAAUCUUAAGAGCUACAAGAAAGACUUAAUCUCUACCUUCAUUAGUAAUAAUUGCAAAUCUAACAAUAAUAAAUCUAACUUUCUGAUUUAGUAGCUCUCAGUGCUCAAUUAUCAGCUGGUAACCCUGCUCUAUUUAACAAUGCCUUAACUUAAUAGAGUACUCCUAAUUAAAUGAAUAUUGAAAUCACUUAAUAGCCUUAAGGCAUCAAUCAUUUAAAUAAGUAAAUAAACUUACUUACUGAAUCUAAUCCUAUAUCAAAUGCCUUCAAUAAUACUGCACAAGCAAACACAAUGAGCAAAACAGCCCAACCAUCCUUUAAUUACUCUUCUUCUGCUCAAAAUAUGAUCUUUUAAAAUUUAUAAAAUCAAUUAACCACACCAAGCAGUAGAAGUAUCAUCGAGUCUUUCUCUGAGCAGAAUUCUUAAUCUAAUAUCUCUAUUUAAAAAUCUAAUUUUUCUUAAAACCCUAAUAGCAAUGUUAGUGCAAAUAAUAGCGAUAAUGCAGCAAAUAGCACUAUUAAUAAAAGUCCUUCAGCCACUUAAAACUCAGUCAAUUAACCAGUAAAAUCAAUCAAUUACAACAAUACAAUCUAAAAUCCUAAUGGAUCUAACACAGGGCGUUGGACUAGAGAAGAGCACCUACGCUUUGUAAAGGGUUUGGGAAUGUAUGGAAAAAAUUGGAAAAAGGUUGAAGAAUAUGUAGGAACACGUUCAGGAGCUUAAAUUCGUUCUCAUGCUUAAAAGUUCUUCAACAAAAUCUAAAGAGAAAAUGCAAAAAGUAACUCAAAAUCUGGAAAUAAUGGCAAAAAUGGAAAUCUACAAUCAGAGGAUUCCUUCCCAUAAAUGAGAAAGAGACAACAAAGCACGCAAAGCAACUAUAGCUGUGAUUUUGCCUCAGAUGACGGAGAAGGUGAAAAUGAUUUACAAAAUUAAAAUUAAUUGGAAGAAAUUGUCCCUCAAUAAAGUAAAUAAAAAGAUGCAAAAGAGUGGCUCCAUUACUAUAAACUAUUAUAACAGACUUGUCAGUAAAACUUAGAAGCCUAAAAGCAAAAUAAAAACCUAUCAGAGGAGCAAAUACAGCAAUAGGAAGAACAACUUAAAAAAAUAUAAAUAUUUAUCUAACUUCUAUCUGCUUGCGAUAACAUCAACUAACAUAUCGAUUGCGCUAGUCCAAUGUCAUAGGGAUCUCCAAUGGCUUCACUCUUACCUUUCUCUUUUGAUAAUCUCAACAUAAAUAGCCCUCUUAUGAAUGCUUCUCCUGGCUAAUAAUAAAAUUUAAAGCCUUAAGAUCCUCAUCAAAUAGCAGAUAUUAAUAGCUUUUCUCUUGAUUCAAACUAAGGAGACCAUACAAAAUUUGGUUAGAAUCUAUCAAAAUAAAGCAAUUUUGGCCUAAAUUCAAAGCAAAUGCAUUUCGGUUCUUUGUUUAAGAAGUACCAUGAAGCUAAUUCUGAUUUUAAUGACUAGCAAAGUAAUACAAGCUAGAAUUCAGUAGAGAGUAAAAUUGAGGGAAAAAAUGAAAGCUUUUCCAAUAAUCCUUGUGGAAUUAUUUAAUCUAAGCUAAAAAUUGAUAAUCAAACAAAAACUCAAAGAGAAAGUGAAACUUAGAUAAGCAAUCGAUAAUUAUCAAAAUCCACUGAUAUUCAGACUAAUAGUAGAGUAUCAAAGAUAUCAUCUAAUAGUGUUGAAGAAAGCAAUUUAUAAGACGGUGAAGAUGAAGAAGAAAUUUCAGAAUAAGCAACAAACAGGCCAAAUAAUUUAUCAAAUUCCGCAAUAAGUAGCAAUAAUGAUCAAAAUUCCACCUUUUCUACACCUGAAAAUUAAAAGCUUGCAAAUUAAGGAAAUGGAAACCAAAACAACUCAAAUAAUUCAUAAAAUAAUUAUUUUAAUAAUUUUUAGUUUGUUGGAGAAAAUAUUGAUAUAGAGUCAGACUUUUCUAAAAUAAAAAAUCUAUCAAAUUAACAACAAGGAGAAAAUCAAAACUAAAAAAAAUAAUUAUCCCCAAAAUUGAUAAAAAAGAACUCUGAAAGGCAUAAUAUUGUUGUACCAAUAGCUUCUCCAUCCUUAGAAAGCAAAAAGACUCCUUUCUUUUCAGCUCAGUGCACUCCUAUAAAAGGAUUAAAUGAUAAUGACUCUGACUCAUUAUCUAAUAGCUCUCACUCUUCAUUUAAACUUGAGCCUUCGUUUUUCAUAUUCUUCAUGAAAAAAUAUGGAAAAUACUUUUUAGAUUCUUAACAAUAAUCUCCAAAAUUAUCUGAUCUAGUAAAUAUGAACACUUAAUAAUAUGAGCAAGACUGUAUCAUAGAAGACUAAAGUGUAGAAAGAGAAUCUUCAAAAUCAAUUUCACAAUCAUCUGUAACCAGUAGUCCUAUUAUAAAAAGACGCUAAGCAACUGAAAGAGCUCAAAAUUUUAUGGAUUUAGAAGAAGACUAUGGUUCUUCAGAAAUGCCCAUUCUCAGGAAAAAACAAAGUUCUUUUUCUGCUUACUCCAACUAAAAUAAAGGUUUAUUGUCUUUAUACACAAAUACUGACUUUAAUACUAAUAUGAUAUCAAAUGAACAAGCCGUUUCAUCUCCUCCUAUUAACAAGUAUUAAUGUGAUUUAGAAACAACAGACGACUAAAAGUAAUUGAAAAUAGUAAAUUUCAGAAAAAAACUUAAAACUGCUGAUUUUACUAACAAUGCCAAUUUCUCACUUUCUUUAACCUAAUAAUAGUAACACUAAUGA